AUGGCUGGUGGUCAUGGACAAAAGAGGGUGACUCCUAUGCCUUCUAAGCAAAGCACUCAAAAAGAAGUCCCAAUUUCCAAAAGAAUGAAAAGUACGCAGAACCAAAAAAUUGUAGCUAGUGAAGAAGAACCAGAAAAUCUUAAAAAGCGUCCAACCAUGGGUAUGGAUAAAUUUUUGGAGACACAUGGGAUUCAUUUGGAAAGAGAAGAUGACGAUUUUGAAUCAAGUGCUGAAAACGAAAGAUCUAUUCAAGAAAAGCAACAAAAUCUUAGGAAGAUAAAUACAAAAUCAAGUUGUCAAGCCAUGACACUUGAUACAUUUUUGGAGACAAAUGGGAUUCAUAUGGAAGGAGAGGAGGAACAUAGUGGAGCAAAUGCUAAUGAAGUUGGAGAUGAUGAUGAUGAUGAUGAUGAUGAUGAUUUCUCGGAUGAUGAGGACUAUGUUGGUGAAUAUGAAGAUGCAGUUCUUCAUGGUGAUGACAAUCACCUUAUGGAAACUAACAAUGUUAAAGGUGCUAUACUCCAAAGACUAGAAGGACACGAGAAAAAACAAGGUGUGCUAAAAUCCAUGCAAGAAGUUGGGAAGAAAGAGAAGAGGUGA